CCUGGAUCCUGUGCACACAGCAGCGGAUGCUCGAUCCCGUGUCCUGUCUGCAUGUUGGAAAGCGCUGGACCACCCAACUAGAAAUCUUAGGCUCGUUCCUGCCUUUUGUUUGCUGGCAAAAAGAGGGGGUACGGUGUGAACUAUGCCCCGGAGAAGCAUAGUGCAAGUCUGUGUGCAAGAUGUGCAGAAGAGGCGCAAUCCCAACAAGCACUAUGUAUAUAUCAUCAAAGUCACAUGGUCCAACGGUUCCACUGAGGUCAUCUUCAGAAGAUACAGCAAGUUCUUUGACCUUCAGAUGCAAAUGCUGGAUAAGUUUCCAGAUGAAGGAGGCCAGAAAGACCCAAAAAGGAGAAUUAUCCCCUUCCUACCAGGAAAAAUUCUCUUCCGAAGAAGCCACAUACGUGAUGUAGCAGUGAGACGCUUAAUUCCCAUUGAUGAGUAUUGCAAGGCUCUCAUCCGUCUUCCACCAUACAUCUCUCAGUGUGAUGAUGUGAUGCAGUUUUUUGAGGCUAGAGUUGAAGACCUUAACCCACCAAAGGAGGAUGUGCCUGGAAGAAAGAAACUGGGGAUUUGCAAGAGCGCAGCACCCUUCUCUACAAGAGGGGGUGGAGACUCUUCAUCGGACGCUCUUGUGCUGGAUCAGUAUGUUGUGGCAGCAGCUUAUGAGAAGCAGGAAAGCUCAGAAAUCAGUCUUCAAGUGGGGCAAGUUGUGGACAUUAUUGAAAAGAAUGAGUCCGGCUGGUGGUUUGUGAGUACCUCUGAUGAGCAGGGCUGGGUCCCUGCAACUUGUUUGGAGGCUCAGGAUGGAGGACAAGAUGAUUUCGCUAUGCAACCUGAAGAAGAGGAGAAGUACAGCGUGAUCUACCCUUAUACUGCAAGAGAUCAAGAUGAAAUCACUCUGGACAAAGGCGGCAUAGUAGAGGUUAUACAGAAAAAUUUGGAAGGCUGGUGGAAAAUAAGAUAUAAAGGUGCAGAGGGCUGGGCCCCUGCUUCCUAUUUGAAGAAGAUUAGUGGGGAGCUGUUGGCCCAGAAACUUGCAGCAGGAUCCAGUGCCAAUUCUAGUGCUCUCGACUUGGAUGGAAUUGCCAGGCAGCAGAGCUAUUCUGGUCGAGAAAAAGAAAUUCCUGGUCAGCUGAGAGAUGGGAGGUUUGAUGCACGCCCUGCCCCUUUUAUGGACAUUAAAAGAAGAUCUCCAACCAUGAGACAAAGACCUCCUCCCCGCCGUGAUCUCACUAUUCCCCGUGGUUUAAAUCUUCCAACACCACCUACACCACCACAUGUGGAAGAAGAAUAUUAUACCAUUGCAGAUUUCCAGACCACCAUACCUGAUGGAAUUAGCUUCCAGGCUGGACUGAAAGUUGAGGUGAUAGAGAAGAAUCAUAGUGGAUGGUGGUAUAUACAAAUUGAUGAAAAAGAGGGAUGGGCACCUGCUACGUUUAUUGACAAAUAUAAAAAAACAAGCAAUGCUUCAAGACCAAAUUUUUUGGCUCCUUUACCUAAUGAAAUGGCACAGCUCUUCUUGACAGAGGGUGGUGGAGAGAACAACUCUUUAGAGGAAGCAACUGGACCAUGUAGACCACUCCCUGAUCCACCACAAAAUGGUACAGACUCAGAACCCAAAUGGCCAAAGGAUUGGAAAUGCAAAGAUCAAGGUCUUAAGAGUGUUGCAAUAAAUGGUAGAGACCAAGGAGUAAAUAAUGUGUACGAGGAGACAGCUGCGGAACAUGUUGAAGAGAAGCCAAGCCUGCCACCAAGGAAAGAGUCUAUGUUGAAAUCCGAAGAUAUUCCUGAAAGACCAAGUUUGCAUCAACUACGCACCCCCCCUCCAAAACCACCAGGCAGUAUAAUAGCAUCUGCCACUCAAAAGCCUCUAAAGGAUGUUAAAAAACCUGAUCUUAAAACUGACAAAGGAAAAAUGUUUCAGUUGAAAAAUGAAAUGGGACUAGAAUGUGGGCAUAAAGUGUCCCCCAAAGAACUGAAAAAGCCUAUUCUUAAACCAGUUGCUAACAAACCCAAAUCAGAGCUUCCAACAGAAAAACCAGAAUUGCCAGUUCCUAACCCAUUCUUGAAAGCCAAACCACAGCUGAGACCUAAGCCAAUCUCUACACCUAAGGGUGAUGCUCAAACUGAAGAUAAAGUUGACAUAUCUAACCUAAGAAGCCGACUCAAACCAGCUGCAAAACUAAGUGAACAAGAACCCAUAGCAUCCAGCGGAGAAGGUGAUGCUACAUUAUAUACUGCAAUUCAUACAGGGCCUGCUGGCAGACCCCAGGAUCGUUCUCAGAAGCAGGAUGAGAUUGUUAGAGAACCUCCAAAAAAAGCUUUACCAGUACCCAUGAGGACUGCUGACACUGAACAAAAAAGUGGAGUGACAUCAGGGAAAGAGCCACCUUCACGACCAGUGGUCCCCCCAAGAAGGCCGCCUCCUCCUAAAAAAGCACUUGCCUCAAGUGACCCUUCAGAAGGGAAACCACAGCAGCAAAAAGAGACGUCCGAGAUUAAAGUUUCUGCAAUAACAAAUAAGCCAAUUUUAAUACCACCAAGGGCCAAACCAUUUAUUCUACCAUCAAACAAUGAUGAGUCCAAAGGGAGAAACAGCUUUGUACCAAAGAUACAAGCAUCAAGGCAGGUAGAGAAAUCUGAAGUUAAAGAGAAGCCAGUCCCCACUGCUGCACCUUCUGAGGUCCCCAAAGAAUCCCACUAUGUAGCAAUUGCUGAUUUUGAUGGGGAUGAUGAUACCAAUAGCUUCAAAGAAGGGACAAUGUUUGAGGUUCAAGAAAAGAGUUCUAGUGGCUGGUGGUUCUGCAGGGUCCUUAGUGGAGCUCCUAUUUGGGAGGGCUGGAUACCUUCCAAUUAUCUAGGAAAAAAGCCCUAGUGGCUCAUUUAGUUUACACAAGUAUUCUAUUUUCAUGUGUAUUUAAUUAGCGGAUUAAUUUAUAGUGUUUACAUAAAUCCCGCUUCCUGCUUUUUUUUUUUUUUAUACAUUCCAUUUUUUUAACUUCACUAUUUUAGAACAACAAGAGAAAUACAUACGACUUGUAUAAAUUAAAUAUUUUUUUCCUUUAAUGGACAAAUAGUAAAUGGAUAUAUUGUCCUGCCCUAACUAUAGUAAAUUGGAUUUUAUAGACAUUUUUAUAAAGUUCAAGUUAGUAAACUAGAAAAUAUAUAAAUCGGUAUUAAAAAAAGAGACAAAAAUGAAUGUGUUUUGUCCUUAACCAUCUGAUUAUUUUGCAGUUUGUUGCAGCCCUUUUUUGGGUAUCAAGGUGUUAGUGUUUUUGGAUGCCAUAGCUUGGAGGUUAUUUUUAUAACCACACACCCAUGAAGCCGCCAUUACCUGGGCCUUAUCCAUCCUCCUCCAGACCAGUUUGGCAGCAUGGCUUCUGCUGGACAUUAUGUAUUUUAAACACUUUAUGAUGGCUAAGAACACAGGAGCAUUAGUGCAAAAAUAAAAUGUUCUAACACAUUAGAAUAUU